UGUUUUUGUAGCAGGUAAUAUGAACUAUAGAAAGUAACAGAGGAAAAAGGAAGCUGUGGCCUUGUGAUAAAGUCCGUGAAGUGAGUCAUAGCCUGGAUUCGUGGUCACCAAUUACACCUGCCUUUGUUGCUGUUGGCAGCUCGCCGUUUCUUUCAUACUUCUCACUAUACAGCAACCAAACCUUAAUGUUUGACAUCUUUCCAGGAUAAAUCAUCUACAAGUUGUUUGUGCUUUUUUAUGAGAAGAUCACACAGCUAGUUUGGCUUGUUUGGUUAGGAUUUCGUCAUGCGUCAAAGACAUUUGUUAAUCUUUUUCAAGCUCUGUUUUCACAAGAAGAUUAAAGAUGCAUUGUGAAGGUUAUUAGCUGUUGUAUCCAGGUGUUUUAAACAUUAAAUGAAAUCGUAAGUUCUGUACACCACUGUUUGAGCUUCAAAAUAACACUGAACGUUUGAACUUUGAACAGUCGGUAUAGAUCAUAGCUGGAAAACAAUGUGCUCUGCUCAGCCAACUGAACACUGGAAAGUCUCGCUUCUUAACGAAAACAAGACUUUCACAUGAACGAGAACAAUUUUGCUUGGCGUUUCUGUUCAGAACUCCACAUGGAUGGACAAACUGACGAUCAAUGAGGUUGUUUUCUGUUCUUCGCUCUGAUUGAAAGCUGAUCCAAAAGUAUGACCACAGACCACUUCAGGUCUCAUGUUACAGAUGUUUGCACGAGACAGUUGAAGAUUCACCAGGAUUUUCUUUAAAUAGUCGUACAAAAGCUUUGUGAAAGAUGGAUAUGAGCUCCAAAUGGUUAUCUGCACUGACUUGCCUUUUGUCUGUGGUCUGCUGCUGUCAUGGUGGAAAUAUCCUGGUGUUUCCAGAGGACGGCAGCCAUUGGGUGAACAUGCAAGUCAUUUUAAGGAAGCUCCACACCCACGGCCAUAGCUUUACAGUGGUGCGUUCAUCUAAAAGUUGGUACAUCCAUGAGAACUCAGCUCUCUACAACACCAUCACCGUCAACCCAGUGGAGACCGAAGACGUUGGUCAGGAUUACUUUAACAUGCUGUUAGACAGGUCGCUAGCACUGCAAAAGAUGUCGCCGUUGGUUCGUUUCUUCGAACAGCAGAAAGAUAUCACCACCGUUUUGAAGGUGUUUCACAAUGGGGUACUCCGAAUGGUUUCAGCCAUGUUGGAUGAUGCAGAGCUUGUCAAGAGCUUGCGAGAAGCUAAAUUUGACCUGUUGCUAACAGAUCCUGCGUUCCCGGCUGGAGUCCUGGUAGCCAAUUUCCUCCAGCUACCCAUGGUUUACAAUGUACGCUGGCUGAAUGCGGGUGAUGCUCACAUGCAAACUGCUCCAUCUCCUCCAUCCUACGUCCCGAUGUACAACUCACUACUCCAUGACCAAAUGAGCUUCCUACAGCGAGUGGAAAAUUUCCUACGCUAUCUAUGUAGCCUCCUUCAGGAGCGAUACGUAAUUGUGCCAAUUUACAGAGAACUGCUUGAACGUCACUUCCCGCCUGGAAGUGAUCUUCUGUCUAUGCAGCAAUCUGCUGAUAUUUGGUUGAUGAGAAUGGACUUUGUUUUUGAUUUUCCAAGGCCCACCAUGCCAAACAUCAUCUACAUGGGUGGCUUUCAGUGUAAGCCGGCUCAAGCACUUCCAGUGGAUCUAGAAGAGUUCAUGCAGAGCUCCGGCGAACAUGGAGUAGUCUUCAUGUCUUUGGGAGCAAUGGUCGGCGCUCUUCCUAGAACAAUUACAGAGGCCAUUGCUUCAGCAUUUGCUAAGAUCCCUCAGAAAGUCAUGUGGCGGUAUCAUGGAGAACGGCCUUCAACUUUGGGUAACAACACUUUACUUUUAGAGUGGUUUCCGCAGAAUGAUCUCCUGGGCCAUCCAAAGACUCGCGCAUUUGUAUCUCAUGGUGGCACCAAUGGUAUCUACGAAGCUAUUUACCAUGGAGUCCCUGUUUUGGCUUUGCCGCUCCUCUUUGACCAGUUUGACAAUGUCAUGCGACUCCAGGUUCGAAAUGCAGCUCGAGUGCUUCAAGUCGCAACUCUUACAUCUCAAGAAUUUCUUGAAGGCCUCAAAGACGUUCUUGAGAACCCACUGUACCGAAGUAGCAUCCGCAAAAUGUCAGAACUGCAUCGUGAUCAACCCAUCUCUCCUCUUGAUAGUGCCACUUUUUGGAUUGAAUAUGUAAUGAGGCACAAAGGCGCAGCUCACCUUCGUUCAGAGGCUAACAAUUUGGCUUGGUACUCAUACCACAGUCUUGAUGUGUUGGUGUUUCUUUUGGCAAUCGCUGUGAUUGCUUUUUGGACGUCAGUGUAUGUCUGCAGAUUUUUGUGUUGCAGGAAAUCAAUCAAGAAGAGGAAGGUAGACUGACUUGGGUUUUGAAAGUUUGGAUGUUUUUGCUGCAAAACUGGCUAUAACACUGAAUAUGGCAGGCAGCACAAACCAGUUUUUCCAUUUGGAUUUUUGUAGUCUGAACAGGGAAGAACAGGUCAUCUGCUAAAGACAUUUCUGUGGCUCAAACAGCAGAGCAUGGCCAAGGUCACGAGCUCGAUUCCCAGGGAAUGCACGCACUGAUAAAAUGAAUACCUUGAAUGCAGUGUCAUUUUGGAUAAAAGCAUCUGCCAAAUGCAUCUGCCAAAUUAACUGUUAUAAGAAAAUGUCUUGCACAGUGAACCUAUGCUUGUUUUGUUACUGUGACAACCAGUGUGAAAAUAUUAGCAGAAACUGUAGUCUGAAAAACAUAAAGGUGUAAAUGCACUGCCAUAAUAUUGCCUAACAAAAUGAUUUUACUUUGCCAUAUGAAGAAUCACUGAGUAUAUUUCUGACUCUAUGGUAUUGACCACUUGAACUCGUGUGUAUUGAAUUAUGUAACCCAUUCAUCUCUGUAUGUUUUUUUGUGCAUUAAAUUCUUACAAACAGCA